UCUUUCCUGCUCGUUCCGACUCAAUAGCCUUUGACUGCGGUCUUUAUCGGUGUUUUCAGAGAGUCAGGUUGUGGAAAGUUGCGGACAGUAGUGUUACAACGAGGGGAGGGAAAAAAGGCAACAUCAUCACGAUUGGCGCAGUCGUCCGCCACAAUCAUUAACGACUCGAGCGGCACAAGAGUUUAGUGUCAAAUUUCGCGUAAACUAUGACGGCAUCCGUGCUUACGCGACCGCUACGGAACCUUAUAAAUGUGCACUAUGUACGAUUGUUGCGCACACAGGCCACAGCAAUGCUGCAAAAGGAAAACUAUGAGUACGAUCUGGUCGUCAUCGGAGGCGGCUCAGGUGGAUUGGCCUGCGCGAAACAAGCGGUCCAACUCGGCGCCAAAGUGGCCGUCCUCGAUUUCGUGAAGCCAUCUCCACGCGGCACCAAAUGGGGUUUGGGUGGAACCUGCGUGAAUGUCGGCUGUAUCCCGAAGAAACUGAUGCACCAAGCUUCCCUGCUUGGUGAAGCGAUUCACGAUGCUCAACCGUACGGCUGGAAACUAGCCGAACCGGCAUCCGUCCAUCACGAUUGGGCCACGUUGACCGAAUCCGUACAAAACCACAUCAAGUCGGUCAACUGGGUGACACGUGUGGAUCUGCGUGACCAGAAGGUUGAGUACGUGAACGGACUUGGUUACUUUAAGGAUGACCACACGGUGGUGGCGGUGAUGAAGAACCAAACCGAGCGUGAACUGCGCGCCAAGUACGUUGUGGUCGCGGUCGGUGGCCGUCCCCGUUAUCCGGACAUCCCAGGUGCGGCUGAGCACGCGAUUACGAGUGAUGAUAUCUUCAGCCUGCCGCAUGCUCCCGGAAAAACGCUCCUCGUUGGUGCCGGUUACAUCGGGCUGGAAUGUGCCGGCUUCCUCAAAGGGCUCGGUUACGACGUCACGGUGAUGGUGCGAUCGAUCCUGCUGCGUGGAUUCGACCAGCAAAUGGCCACCCUCGUCGGUGAUUCGAUGGUGGAGAAAGGCAUCAAGUUCCAUCAUCACACGCGCCCACUUGCGGUGGAGAAACAGACCGAUGGGCGGUUGCUGGUGCGGUACGAAACGGACGGUGCGGCUGCGGCUGAGGACGUCUUUGAUACGGUGCUGUUUGCGAUUGGCCGUCAGGCGGAAACUGGCACGCUGAAGCUUGCGAAUGCCGGUAUCGUCACGGCUGAUGGUGGCAAAUCGGACAAACUGGACGUGAACGAGCUGGAUCAGACGAAUGUUCCGCAUGUGUACGCCGUCGGAGACGUGCUGUACCGGAAGCCGGAGCUUACACCCGUCGCUAUCCACGCUGGACGUAUCAUCGCUCGCCGCUUGUUCGGUGGAUCGGAAGAACGCAUGGACUACAAGGAUGUCGCAACGACCGUUUUCACGCCACUCGAGUACGGGUGUGUGGGAUUAAGCGAGGAAGAUGCCGAAGCAACCCACGGCAAGGAUGGCAUCGAGGUGUACCACGCGUACUACAAACCGACGGAGUUCUUCGUACCGCAACGUUCCGUCCGUUACUGCUAUCUGAAGGCGGUCGCUUUGCGUGAUGGCGACCAGCGUGUCCUGGGGCUUCACUUCCUUGGACCGGCCGCUGGAGAGGUUAUUCAGGGUUUUGCGGCCGCGCUUAAGUGUGGCCUCACGAUGAAGGUCCUGCGCAACACCGUCGGUAUUCACCCGACCGUGGCCGAAGAGUUUACCCGGCUGGCCAUCACCAAGAGCUCCGGAUUGGAUCCGACUCCGGCUACUUGCUGCAGCUAGACUGGCGCAAACUGUCCACCGAUCCGUCGCUUUUCCUUCUUUCGUUUUUCGUUACUCCUUUAAAUGCACCCUCCGAGGGGGAGGAUCCUUUCUCCCCCCGCCCUGUACCUCCUGCUCUCGCGGGAAAGCUGUGAAGAACGUGUGACGCCGGGGUCCGUCUUUGGUCCAAUUAAAUUGGGCAAAAUUACACGCGUGUGGGACGUCGGCGAGUGUGAUCUAUUGUGACCGUUGUUGAGUGGUGGGAGAAGCGAACAGAAUCGUGGUGCGGGGCGGGGGCUUAACUCCUUCGAGGAGCGCGCCUUCGUACAGGGAAUCUUUGGGAACCAUCUGUCCCGGCAAAUUUCACGUCGUUUUUUUCUUCACUUUUCUAUCUUAUCAGUAUACCAGGGUGCGAAUGAGUCGUUUACUGCGAUCAUCACAAGAAAAGAUUCGCCCUACCCUGAGGUUUUGUCGUUCGUAUUUCAUCAGUAUGUUAGAGCAAACAGA